UAUGGAAUUGAACGCGCGUGGAACGCUUCACGACCUACUGUGUUUCUCGCCUUUUUUUUCUGCCGCUUCGGCCAAACUCGCAUCGGACGCACCGUCGCGUUUAUACUUCGCGGCGAGAAUGGCUCAGGAAAUCUCCGCCGUCUGCGAGGAGCUCAUAAGAGCGCUCUACGUGGUCAUGGACUCGGCGUCGACGCAUCAGCAGCGUGCGGAGGCCUUGAAGUUUUGUGAAGACUUCAAACAGAACUCCCCGCAGUGCGUCCAGUGCGGAAUGAUGAUGGCAGACAAAGACAACGCAGGCAUUGUGAGACACUUGGGCCUGCAACUGUUGGAGCACUGCAUUAAGUUUCGCUGGAAUAACAUGAGCCAGGUGGAAAAGUGUCAAGUGAAAGAAAAUGUCAUGGGGCUACUUUCAAAGGGCACUAAACACCUUCUGGAAGAAGAACCUUACAUAAAAGAUGCUGUCUCACGGCUAAUGGUAGAGAUGAUUAAACGAGAGUGGCCUCAACAAUGGCCUGAGAUGCUGCAAGAACUCUUCGCAACCAGCAAAUUAGGCGAGACACAAGCGGAGCUGAUGCUGCUAGUAUUGCUGAGAUUGGCAGAGGAUGUGGUGGCUUUCCAGGCGCUGCCCCAGCAGCGACGGAGAGAUAUCAUGCAGGCGCUUACCCACAAGAAUGUGAUGCUGCUGGGCUUCCUACUGGAUAUUCUUAUAGAACACUCCAACAAAUUCCAGCAACUCAAAGACUCUCCAACAGAAGAAGCGCAAAAACAGGCCACAACUCAUUGCCGGGUGGCGUGCGCAACGCUUGCAACUCUUGCCGGCUUUGUGGAGUGGGUGAACAUGACACAUCUGGCAUUUAAGGACUGUGCCCUUCUCCGCACGCUUUGCUCACUCCUGGGAGAGCCACGCUUUCAGUUGGAGGCUGCGGAGUGCUUACUGCUCAUUGUUCGUCGAAAGGGUAAGAUGGAGGAACGGAAACCGCUGCUCGUUCUAUUUUCCAAGCCAGCCAUGAUGUCCAUCCUUCAGGCCGCUGUGUCUGCUCACGAUGCAGGGCUCGAAGAGAGGCACUAUUUCUUCCUCAAGCAGCUGUGCCAGGUGCUCAUAGCACUUGGGGUGCAGCUCAAUGCUGUUUUGGGCGUCGAUAGAAGUGUCGUGCAACCGGCAACUUUUCACGAGUAUCUUCUCUCGAUUUUGGCUUUCACCAAACAUCCCAGUCAGUAUCUCAGCUUCAGCACGAUGAGCACAUGGUGUGCAUUCUUUCGCCAUGAAAUCAUUUCUCAGGAUGCUUUGCUCCUGCAAAUCCUGCCACAAUUGCUGGACAUUUACACGACAAAACUGCUCAAGGUUGGCUUUCCUUCAAAGAAUGACAGCCCAAGCUGCGAGUACUCUCGUCUGGACUUCGAGAGCGAUGAGGAAUACAACAACUUUUUCUCAACAUUCCGAGCUCAACAAGGAGAAGGUAUCCGAUGGGCCUGCCGUAUAGCCCCGGAGGCAACCUUCCAGGUGGCUAGCAAGUGGCUGCAGUUUCAGCUCACCGCUCCAAUUGAACCAGGCACAACCAACGGCUUGAUCUGUGACGACGAAGCUGGGACCUGCACCACGUACUCGCCAUCUUUCAUUCAGUGGGACGCUCUCAACACGUUCAUGGAUUGCACCAUGAGCCACCUCCUCAAAGCCCUGGAGAAAAAGGGGCUGCUCGCUCAAUUGGUGGAGGAAGGCAUCCGCCUGCUGAACCUGGUGCUGUCCUAUGAACCCGGCGACCCGCUGGUGCUGUCAUGCGCCCUCUCGUGCAUGUCGACGCUCAUGCCCUUCCUGUCGCAUGAUUCCUCCGCUGUGCCACGGGUGCUCGACAAGUUGUUCUCUUCCGUGACAUUUUGUCAGCAAGAAGGAAUCAAGGCACCUGGUGCUUUUGUGCCACGCAGCCGAUCUGUGAAAAAUGUGCGACGCCACGCUUGCUCGUGCCUCGUGAGGAUCUGCAGAGAUUACCCGGAGCUGCUUCUGCCGUGCUUUGAGAGUUUCUGCGAGCAUCUCCUGCGCCUGCAUAAGAUGGAAGGCAUGACCCAGCUGGAGCGAGUCGCCUUCAUGGAGUGCCUCGUCAUCAUCAGCAACAAGCUAUGCAACUACGAUCGCCAGCGUGCCUUCCUGGAGCAGAUGCUGACCACCCUCAUGGCGUUGUGGAUGGAGCCUGACAUGCAGCAAGCCCUGUGGAGCACAGAUGGAUUUUUGGCGUACUUUGGAUUGGACAAGAGCAUUGUGCCGGAUGGAAUGGAGGACAUCGCAGGCCUUCACCGUGGUCAGCUGGUGUACUGCAUGAACAUGAUGUGCAUGCUGGUGAAGCGAGCCAGAUGGCCGGAGAGCAUAGAGGAGGCACAGGCUGGCGGUUUCGUGGUUGGCGAAACGCCCUCGGGCGGCCCUGUCUAUCGCAACGCGUGCUCCCAGUUUGUUUGCAAGAUGCUGGAAAACAUGCUGACACUCUCCAGGACUUUUCAUUCCUUCUGGCUACCGGAGCAACGUGCCAAGUUAAACAAGGACUAUGAACUCGCAUUUGAGUGCAUGGAAUCGGAAAAACAUAACCUGCUAGCCAUCCCAUUGCCCCUUACUGAGCACCACAAGAAGAUCCGAACGCCGCUGGAAAGAAUGCAGAGUUUCAUCACCACAAUGCACGAAAGCUGCUACAUUAUACUGGGCAAAGUAGGGAGUGCCCUCGGACGUGACUUCUACAACAUCCCGAAUGUGGCGCAGUUGCUGCUCGAUUCGGCUCUCUCCCAUCUGGACAUCUCUACCGAACACCGCCUUCGAGCCCUGCUCAAGUUCUUUCUGAAGCUGUUCAUUCAGACGUGCCCCGCUGAGAGCUACAACUCCGUUCUGAUUCCCAUCUGUGGACCCGUGUUUUCUGUGAUGCUGCAGAAAUUGAGCAUACUGUGGCAGAACUUGGUCCAAAGGUCAAUGGAGAGUUCCGAGGAGGAUCGUGCGGAUGAUGCCCAGGAGGUUCUGGAGGAUCAGCUGACGCGGUUGGUGACACGCGAAUACUUGGAGAUCCUCUGUGCUUGUGUCAGUGUGAAAAAAUCUGCAGAGCUGCCGACCACUAUGGAGAAUAUGGAUGAGGAUGAGGUCAUGGCGAUAGAGGCUGCCCCAAGUGAAUCUGAUGAAAUUAGUGAACUGGGGAAGGGGCUGAUCAUGAAUGAGGAGGCCUGCCAAGCGAUCCUCUUGAGUGCAUUCACUGCUCUCUCCUGGAAUGACACUCCUACCUGUCACAAGGCUGCCACCCACCUCUGCUGGCCGGUCCUCAAGCAGGCAGCACAGCACUCGCUAUCACCAGAAGCAAUGGUGUGGUGCUUCACAGCUGUUCUGCGGGGGCUGGAAGUGCAUGGUCAACACGACUGCAGUCAGUCCAUACUGGUGAACCUGGCGUUCCAGAUUUAUGAGAACAUGCGGCCCCGCUUCACCGAGCUGAACGCCAUAAUGAACCAAAUCCCCAACAUCUCGGCAGACACCCUCAGUAUGUACGAGCAGAAGCUGAUCGGCGAUCUGAUGGCUCCUGAAGGGCCUCCGGGGCCCGUUGGACCCAACGCUGUGAAGCAGGCUGAGAGGCGACGCAAGGACACUUUCAAGAAGCUGAUUGCUGGCGUCAUUGCGAAAGACAUCGGGCAGAAGUUCCGCAACGAAAUUCAGAUCCGUGACCUGCCGCGGUUAUUUCAGCGGCAAAAGCGGACCGUAAGUAUUGAAGACCAGGAGAAAAGUGACAUUGGCAUUAUGGCACUCUUCGUUCCUCAGGCCCAGUCUAUAUAAUUACCACUUGGCUUAACCUCAAUGCACAUGGGGUAUGUAUAUCUUAAUUUCAUUUUGCGUGGUUAGUUCUUUGGGUACUUAUUUGAACAAAAAAAAAAUUACUGGCCGAUUAAAAUAUAAUGCUGCAAACGAGCUCAUCCAUUUCACACAAAUGAACAGCGUUUUGAUUAAAUUAAGUACUCUUGUUUAUCUGAUUGCCAUCAGCACUGCCAUACACCUACACUCAUGGCUGGGUUCAUCAAUGUCUAAUAAAGGUUUUUGAUUAAAAGUUGAACAUUUUUCGGUGCAAUAGUUGUCAUCGAAUCGGCUCAUUGAUGGGUUACAAGCCACUUAUGGCCAACACAGAUUCCUAAUGGCUACUUAUUCUUUAUUUCUUAAUCAUAAAACCACCAGUCGUCUUAAAUCCACAUUAACUCAUUCUUUAUAUGGUAACCCACCAUACUAUUGUUUUACCUGUACUUUCUCAGACAUUGAUAUAAUUUAUGACGUUCUGGAGAGCAUGACCAAGGGUACACACACUCUUUAAGCAGUGUCUGCUUAGACAUGCUAUGUAGCCCCCAGGCAUUUUAACUGGGAAGAUAAUAUAAAUAGCAGUGUUAGUUUUGCCUAAGUUAUGAAAUUCAAAACGAAGGAAUAUUUUAUAAGGUUUAUGCUGCAGCUUUUUUUUAUUCCCUUUCAUACUGUACUGUCCUGCCCUAAACCCAAAAUGUAAGUGACCUUUAAUUAUUGAUUUACGCGUUAAAUUUUUAUGUAUUUGUCUGUCACUUGCAUUUUUAAGGGGUGUAAAGAGCUUAAACUACGAGAUGAUGCUUCAAUCUUUAAAACGAAAAUCUUAUUUUUUUUUUGUUUGAUACAGUUGUGUUAGUCUUACUAAAACUUGACUCAUUAGUGUUUGGAAAAUAUCGUGUACAAAUUUACAAGCGUGCUGUGACAGGUGAUGAGUAUACAUUUGUAUUUUUUAUAUGUAGAAGCCAAUCGAGUAGUUGUAAUAACUGAUUAUUUCAGUGCGCCACAUUGUUUUAUAUGUGUGUUGCCAUGUAGUGUUCCCCUCACGAAUGAAGCCGUUACUUGGUUUCUCACAUUAAAAAAGUGGCACAGUUAAGAUUUGGAGACUUUCCAUAUCCGUUUACUGACACUGUUGUUCUAUGAAAUCAAUAAAUGAUGUCGAUGUAUUAUCCA